AUGUGGAAACCACCAGUAAACUUUAUUACCUUGCAUUAUUCAUAUGUUAUUCUCUGGAGCCUUCUGGGGCUGGCUAUCCUUUUUCCUUCUGGCAAUCUCAGUUCAAUCGAUUCUUUCUUUAUUGGCGUCAGUACUGCCACAGUGACAGGGCUUAAUCCUACUGAUGUGAAAGAUCUGAAGACAUAUCAACAACUGUUUAUAUACUUCGUCCCCACGGUCUGCAACAUGACCUUCAUCAAUAUCAUCGUGGUUAUCGUGCGACUCUACUGGUUCGAGAAGCGGUUGAAAGAGACAGCCCCCACUGCCUUGCGUCCAAACUCACACCCAAGGACUUCCAAGAACUAUGAAUAUGACCAGGAGGCACAACCUGCCAAGGUUAACACGGAAUGUGCUCAGGAGCCGGAGCAAGUAUCCCGGGAAAAGGACACCACGGACCAUGACCACUCGGCAAAGUCGAGCAGAAGACGAGCAGCAUCACCCGAGCUAACUAACUCGAAGCCUCUAGAUGGCCAGGAUUCAGAAACAAUAGGGCCAGUUAACCGUCGUAUCACCUUUGCGGACAAUGACAAAGCUCUAUACAUCCCUUCCCCGCGCGAACGUGACAGAGGUCAGCCGAUAGUCGAGAUAGACGAAGGAGCAAGUAAGGAUGAAAUCUCGGAAUAUGCCGACAACGACGACACAAAGUCAGAAGUGCGCCGCAGAUUGAGAGAUGCCCCUAUUCCGCUCGAACGUGUAGCUUCCUCUAUGUUUGUGCUUGGAUCACAACCCAGCAAGUCGCAGGGUUCACAGCUUCGCGAAGCCGUCUCACUAUCAAAGAGCUCCAACCUUCCAUACAUCUCUUCACAGGCGAGCCUCGGCAGGAACUCACGAUUUUAUAACUUGACUGCUGAAGACCGGGAGAAACUCGGCGGCAUAGAAUACCGAAGCUUGAAAUUGCUCCUGAAGAUUGUGAUAGGUUACUUCUUCGGCCUUCAUCUAAUUGGUGCAAUAUGCUUAGUGGGCUGGAUACAGUAUGCCGAUCCUAAAUAUCGAGCCUAUCUCAAUGAGUGUGGACAGAAUCAUAUCUGGUGGGGAUUCUAUUCGGCGCAAACCAUGGUCAACAAUCUUGGGUUCACCCUCACCCCGGACUCUAUGGUAUCCUUUCGAGAUGCAACAUUUCCCAUGUUGAUUAUGAGUUUUGUUGCAUACGCGGGAAAUAACCUCUAUCCCUGUUUUCUGCGUCUCAUCGUUUGGUUUAUAUUUAAAUGUGCACCUGAAAACUCGUCACUCAGAGAGCCCCUGGACUACCUCUUGAAAUAUCCACGCCGAUGCUACACGCUACUCUUCCGUAGCAAGCCCACUUGGAUUCUGUUUGGGAUUGUCUUCGUCCUGAAUGUCGUCGAUGUCCUGUUGAUUAUCGUACUGGAUUUACAUAACCCCGCCGUUAACGCUCUCCCCGGUGGACCGCGGGUGCUGGCCGCUCUCUUUCAAGCAGCUUCAGCACGACAUACAGGGACGGCGAGUUUCAACCUCGCCGACGUCAACCCGGCUGUCCAAUUUAGUUUGCUAGUCAUGAUGUAUAUUUCUAUCUUCCCCAUCGCCAUCAGCAUGCGUGCAUCCAAUACCUACGAAGAGCGUUCGCUCGGAGUAUUUUCCAGCGACGGAGAGGUCGACGAGAACAACGCCUCCAAAUACAUCCUGUCCCAUAUGCGAAACCAACUCAGUUUCGAUCUGUGGUACAUAUUUCUUGGCAUCUUCUGUAUCUGCAUUGCUGAAUCGAAUCGCAUCAUGAACCCCUCUCAGCCGGGAAUGACUGUUUUCGCGAUAUUCUUCGAGGUUAUCUCCGCAUAUGGAAACGUUGGUCUCAGCUUAGGGUAUCCAAACGCUACGACCUCCUUGAGCGGACAGCUGUCGGUAUUCAGUAAAGUUGUUAACUGCCUCAUGAUGAUUCGAGGGCGCCAUCGUGGACUACCGUAUCAGUUGGACCGGGCGAUUCUUCUUCCCAACGAACGCCUUGUCGACGACCAGGUGGAUGCUGGUUCGAAUACUUUGUAUACGGACCAGAGCUUGGAUCCGAUGGACAGCCGACAGUUGAAGGUCAAACGGUAUCAUACCAAGUAG